AUGGCAUCGGGUGGUGAUUACGAGGACGGUGAGAUUUUGGAAGAGGGUGAAGGGAUAAUGCCACUCCGUGCUACCUUACAACCGAUUGCAUCUUCUGUAUCUUCUUCUUCUACGCCCACUGGUGUAUCAACUGUUGUUAAACCUCUCAUAGAGACAUCAAACCGGUCUCUACUACCCACGCCUGGUAACAAUCAGCGUAAGCGUCGGCAUUCGACACUACAAAACACCAGAGUUGAUUUGAAUACAGUAUACGACAGACGUAUACCUCUCUCCCAUCGUCAGCCUACAACAUGCUACAAUUACAAUUACAAUACUGGAUACAGUGGCUGCAAACGUGACGCGACGUUUUACGAGCACAAGGACGACCGCAUAUAUUCUGAAGAUCUGAUCAUACAAUACCCAAGACAGCAACCACGGAGCAAUGUGAUGCUGGACUUUGCUACGUGGAUGGCAGCUGCAAAAAGCAGAAAACGCCUGGACAUUGAGGAUGUGCAGAAGCUCGUGCUUAAUGUAUUGAGAGGAGGUAGCAAGGAAGAGAAGGGUGUCGUCAGCCCCUACCUGCUGCCAUAUCUUACGGACAGAGUUGGUUUACCAACAAAGAUUUGUCUUGUGCUGUUAGAGAAAAUGCAUCCGUCGGUGCUGCAGAAAUACCGAGCCAAUUUGAGCUUUUUUGAUGGAUGUUCCAGUGUUCCGGUUGUGUUGACAAAGCAGGAGAUGAACCAAAUUAGGCGGUUGGAAAAGCCAUUGCCGGAGUUAAUGUACAAGUUUCCAAGACCGACAGUGGAUACUCAUGAACUGUCGAUGGAUGAGCUCUUCUACGCGCAUGAACUGACGUUCCUGAUGAAACACUCGGCUGGAUUUACGGACGAGUUGGUGUUGUUACCGACGGGAACAUUUACACGAAAAGCUCGGCCUCUGGGAGGAACGUGGAAGCUUGAUGGUGACUUGCUGCACUUGAAAUGGAGACAGCACACGACAAAAGUGGUGUGUGGGCCGGAUGAGACGGCGAUAGAGCAAGAUUCUGUGACGGAGGAUAAAGAUACUGACGCGUACACGCUGGACGUGCUGGUUAGUCAAGACGCGAGCAUGCACGAGUUUAAGACUGAUUCAUUGACAGAUGAAACCUAUGCGCACAAGGUACCUGAACAUUUGGCCAAAAGACGUCGCGGCGAUGACAAGCCGCGCUCUAUCUGGCUGUCUCUUGCAAAAGCAAUCGCUCUCGAUGUGCCUCGCUCGGCCGAUGGAACGCUAAUUUUGCAUGAUCAAGUACCGACGAAUAGCUUGUCAAACCAUUUGCACGAUCCCUCUUCAGUAGACGUGAAUGGUUAUGAUGCCAUGAGUGAGAAGAAGUUAAGACGCGAGGCAUUCGAGUAUUAUGUUCUAUCGCCUGAAGAAAUGAAACAACAUGGUUAUCCUCUGGACGUAGAGGAAGAACAGCGUCAGCUGUUAGCAGCCACGGAUGGGAACACGCGCGAUACAUACGUGGCAACGAAGCUUCGGGCAGAGGUUGCGAUUCAAGAUCCUGUGUCUGCCACGAAUGAUGACGAAGAAGGAGCGGCGAUGGAGACGGACGAGACAUUGGCAAGUGCGCCCUCAGAUGGCAACUUUGUCUACGCUUUAGACUGUGAAAUGUGCGAGACAGACAUUGGCAUGGAACUCACGCGCGUAACCGUAGUCGAUAUCAAGGGUGCUGUCGUGUAUGAUCAACUAGUGAAGCCGCAAAGCACCAUUAUUAAUUAUCACACGGAAUUUAGCGGAAUCUCAGAGAAGACUUUGCAAGACACGAAGCACACCUUGGCUGAUGUCCAGCGAGAUCUAACAACGCAAUUUUUCUUUAAGGAUACGAUCCUUGUAGGGCAUUCCUUGACGAGUGAUCUGCGUGCUCUGCGUAUGGUACAUCCGACGGUCGCGGACACGGCGAUUCUCUUCCCUCAUCAACGCGGGUUUCCAUUUCGCACUUCACUUAAGUAUCUCACGAAGACUUUUUUGAAAAAAGAUAUUCAGAUGCAAGCCCAGGCUGGACACGACUCAGCUGAGGACGCCAUUGCAUCAUUACACCUGCUGCUACUGAAAGUUCGUGAAGGACCCUGGUUUGGCAUUCCUGACGCGGUGUGUUCAAGUGGUGCUUUUGACUCAAUCAUGGACAAGGUUUUUGCGUUGGAGAAGACGAUGACAAUGCUUCGCCUGCAAAGCACGGCAUCUCUUGAUAGUAGCUGCAGCGCUGUACUGUUACCGGAGCGGAAGCCAUGGGAUUUGUACGCAAGCGGUGAUUUGAAGACUCACUCGCAGUGCCCAUUUCGCCAUGCGCAGAUAGUGAAGAAUAAGGCCAAAGAGUGCUCUUCAGCAUCAUCGAUUUCAGCCGUAGAUUCGGCAAGCGCUGUUGUAAAGGUUGAAGAUUGUUCGUCGUGGGAGGUGCUAAAGGCCAGUCUCGACGAUACUUUCAAUACCAAGACGAGUGAAGCUGCCGAGCGGUCAGAUCUCUGCUGGGUAGAAGUUGAGCCUCCAAGUGGAAGUGCAGCAGGAUGCAAUGACUUUGUAGACAAGCACGAGCGCUGGAUGGCUGAGCAACAGGCUUAUUGCGAGCAGGUGGAUGCGUUCCUGCAGCAAGUUUUUGACGAGGUGCUGCCUAAGGGCACGCUGUUGCUUGCAUUGCCUCAAGGCGAUCUGAGUCUUCUGCGAUAUCUCAAGGGUCUGCGGACACGAUCCAAGUGGCGUGAUGGCACACCAAACUGUGAUGACCUGGCGCCCGAAGAGCUGCAUGCCGCAGUGGGAGAUGCGUUUCAUGGUGCCAUGGACAGUUGCUUGUUCCUGAAGCAGAAGUGA